AUGAAGGAGGAGGAGGAGGCACUGGUGCUCUUGAAGGGGAUGGUCGGAGCUGGAGGUUGUGUAGAAGGCGAUAAUGUAGAGGCUGGAGGUGGCGGGUUCUCCAACACACCAGGUUCUCCAACACACUGGGUUCUCCAACACACCGGGUUCUCCAAACACACCGGGUACUCCAACACACCGGGUUCUCCACCACACCAGGUCCUCCAACACACUGGGUUCUCCAACACCGUGUUCUCCAACACACCGGGUUCUCCAACGCACCGGGUUCUCCAACGCACCGGGUUCUCCAACACACCGGGUUCUCCAACGCACCGGGUUCUCCAACGCACCGGGUUCUGCAACACACCGGGUUCCAACACACACCGGGUUUCCCAACGCACUGGUUCUCCAACACACCGGGUUCUCCAACACACCGGGUUCUCCAACACACCAGGUUCUCCAACACACCAGGUUCUCCAACACACCGGGUUCUCCAACACCGGGUUCUCCAACACACCGGGUUCUCCAACACACCCAACACACCUUCUCCACACCGGGUUCUCCAACACACCGGGUUCUCCAACACACCGGGUUCUCCAACGCACCGGGUUCUCCAAACGUUCUGCAACACACCGGGUUCUCCAACACACCUCCAACGCACUGUGUUCUCCAACACACCGGGUUCUCCAACACACCGGGUUCUCCAACACACCGGGCCUCCAACACACCGGCACACUCCAACACACCGGGUUCUCCAACACACUGGCUCUCCAACACACCGGGUUCUCCAACACACGGGUUCCACACACCGGUGUUCUCCACCACACCGUGUUCUCCACCACACGUGUUCUCCAGCACACCGGGCUCUCCAACACACCGGGUUAUCCACACACGGCUCUCCACCACACUUCUCCACCACACCGGUUCUCCACCACACCGGGUUCUCCACCACACCGCACACCGGUCCACACACCUCUCUCCACCACACCGUGUUCUCCACCACACCGGGCUCUCCACCACACCGUGCCUCCACCACACCGGGUUCUCCAACACACCCGGUUCUCCAACACACCGGGUCUCCAACACACCGUGUUCUCCAACACACCGUGUUGUUCGGGCCUCUCCACACACACGGGUUCUCCAACACACCGUUCUCUCCACACACCGGGUUCUCCAACACGGGUUCUCCAACACACCGGGUUCUCCAACACACCAACACCGGGUUCUCCAACACACGGUUCUCCAACACACCGGGUCCUCCAACACACCGGGUUCUCCACCAACACCGGGCUCCAACACACCGGGUCCAACACACCGGGUUCUCCACACACCGGGUUCUCCAACACACACCACCGGGUUCCUCCAACACACACCGGGUUCUCCAACACACCGGGUUCCCUCCAACACACCGGUUCUCCAACACACAGGCUCUCCACACACCGGGUUCUCCAACACACCGGGUUCUCCAACACACCGGGUCCACCACACCGGGCUCUCCAACACACGGGUUCUCCAACACACUGGGUUCUCCAACACACACCACACCGGGGGUCUCCAACACAACACACCGGGCUCUCCAACACACCGGGCUCCCUCCAACACACCGGGUUCUCCAACACACCCUCCACACCGGGUUCUCCAACACAACACGGGUUCUCCAACACACCGGGUUCUCCAACACACCGGGUUCUCCAACACACCGGGUUCUCCAACACACCGGGUUCUCCAACACACCGGGUUCUCCAACACACCGGGUUGUUCAUCUAG